GCAGAUAACAAUAUGAUGACGACCACAGAAAACUGGGAUCAACACAAUAGAAGUGCGUGCGGAGCUGUAGAGGCGUUUCGCGAAGGAAUGAUGGCGUCCCCUGCUAUCCGCUGCUCUUCACGCUGGAUCACAGUCGUCUUGCUCUCUGGACAUCACCGGGCCAUCGGUGCGGCCGUCUGCGCUGGCAGUGGAGUUGUCCGCGGCAUUUGUACAGCAGGUGCAGGGAAACUAUGGCCAGGAGGGAGCCUGGUCUACGCCGGAGCAGGGAAAGCGUUGACAUUGAGAGGGCUGUCAGGUCUCAAAUCGCCCCAAGCCGCUUUCACGCUGUCCUUUCACACAAGUGCCCCCGCCAGCAGCAAGCGGGACUUCUACCAGAUUCUUGGAGUUCCUCGCACAGCAACUCAGAAAGAGAUCAAGAAAGCCUACUACCAGAUGGCCAAAAAGUACCACCCUGACACCAACAAAGAUGACCCACAAGCCAAGGAAAAGUUUGCUCAGCUGGCUGAAGCCUAUGAGGUCCUCGGUGACGAAUCAAAGAGGAAGCAGUAUGACGUGUAUGGCAGCACAACAGGCUUUGAUGCUGGUCAGACUGGUGGAGGUCAGCAUUAUUGGACGGGACAGACCAGCAAUGUGGACCCAGAGGAGCUCUACCGCAAGAUCUUUGGUGAAUUCUCGGGAGGACGUGGGUUUGGAGAUUUUAGUGCCAUGUUUGAUCAGCCGCAGGAGUACAUUAUGGAGCUAACGUUCACUCAAGCAGCAAAGGGAGUCAACAAAGAGAUGUCCAUUAAUAUAGAUGCAGCCUGCCAGCACUGCGAUGGUAAAGGGCAUGAGCCAGGCACAAAGGUCCAGCACUGCCACCACUGCAACGGGUCUGGCAUGGAGACGGUGAAUACUGGUCCAUUUGUGAUGCGUUCCACGUGUCGUCGCUGCGGCGGUAAAGGCACAGUCAUUUCCACCCCAUGCCGUACCUGCCGUGGGUCAGGACAGACCAAGCAGAGGCAAACUGUCAUGGUUCCUGUGCCUGCAGGGGUGGAUGAUGGUCAGUCAGUCAGGAUGCCAGUUGGUAAGAAAGAGAUCUUCAUCACUUUUAAGGUCCAAAAAAGUCCAGUGUUCAGGAGAGAAGGUGCAGACAUCCACUCUGACCUUCUAAUCUCUGUGGCUCAAGCAGUUUUGGGUGGCACGGCCAGAGCACAGGGCCUAUAUGAAACACUCAAUUUAUCCAUCCCUGCAGGCAUCCAGACAGACCAGAGGAUCCGACUCGGAGGGAAGGGAAUCGCUCGUGUCAGCAGCUAUGGCUACGGAGACCACUACGUCCAUGUCAAAAUAAAAGUACCUAAGACUCUGACAGAUAGACAGAGAGCUCUGCUACUGAGCUACGCUGAGGACGAGGCCGACGUGGAGGGGACAGUUAAUGGAGUCACCUCAACCACCACAGGUAAAAGAUCCUGGAACUGAGAGAAUCCAUCAGCAGGCAGAGAGGGCGACAGCAAAGUCAGCUACAGCAUAAAGAAAGGGACUGAGAUUUGAAAAAUACAACCUGGUGAAUGAUGCUGACAAGGGGUGGAUCGGCACAGUCGUACUUCAGUGGAUGAAGAAGAGGAUUAACUGCACCGUGCAUCUGCCCAAGUGGAUCCCCCGCACACGAGGAUAAUGCAGCGCUCCACUCACGUCUGUCAAACAUCCAUGGAUGUCAUUUUUUUGUUGCAAAGACGAGUUCAUUUAUAAUGUUAGUCUCUGCUAUUUGCCAUGAGACGAACACAAUGGCGGUAACAAAAUCCAUGUGCGCGAAAAUAAAUUAUUGUAGCGACAAAGACUACAAAUGCAGUCAAACAUUUUGGGGGGUGGGGUAUUAAAUGGCUCUCCUUUUUAAUGAUCUUUGUUUUUCUUUCCUUUGCUCGUGAUUUAAUCAAUUGCUCCGAGUACAAUUCUUGGCAGUGUCAAGUCAUUACAGGUUCAGGUUACAUGUUUACUCUUGGUUUGAGUAUUGGACAGUGUGUACCGUGUGUCUCCAGCUGUUCUUUUUGUCUCUCUGGUGGAGGACUGAUAAGUGGAAACAUGAGGCGUCCCUCAACUGGCAACACUAACUCUGAUCUAUGUCUCUGUACACCUUUUAUGUGUGAGAGAGAAAUCACAUUGGUAGUUUUGAUUCUUGAUAUUGCAUUUGUCCAUGAACAACCUUGUAACAGUAUGUGACCCGCACGCACGCACACACACACACAAAAAUGAUGUAGACUGUCUCUACAGGUAAAAUAAAGCUAUGUUCUGGAAAGUCUAGGGCUGGGUAUUGAUCAUGUUUUCGGUACAUCGUGAUAUCUGGACUUCAAUAUCAAUUUAGGAACGAUACUUUUUUCAUUAUCAAGCUUAUUAACUCCAUUUUUUUAACAAAGCUACAUGACACAUUAAGGUCAAAAUUCUUAACUGUUUGUUGGCACAGCUGAAUACAGAGCAACUUAUUAUUUAUUAAAUUAGUGCCACCUUGAACUCCGCCUCUGGCCAUUACUUCCUGCACACUUACUUUCAGUAUAAGGUGACGCAGAGGAAGUUCAAAACCCAGUUGAAACCACCGAACUAUUGGCGUUUAAUACCCAGCCUAAUUAUUUUGUAUAUUCUUGUACAUAUAGGGUUCAUGUCUAGAAUAUACAAUAAAACACAUUUAAAUCUCCUCCAGCAGAGUGACUGUUACAAUAAUUUUUUUGCAGGGUUAUUGUAUCAGAUUACACUGAAAUGCACAGAUGUACAUAAUGAAACAACCUGUGAUUUAAAUGAUCAAUAAAUCUAGUACCUCAUUGUC